AUGACCGAUUUGAUAAUCGUAUCGUCUGUCCUAAGACGCUCAGCAAUGGAUGUUCGUGUUAAAAGAGGCGCUGAGCUAUCAACCGAUCAUCACCUUGUUGUUGGCACGCUGCGCUGUAACAAACGGAGUACCAUACGAAGAUCCGGCGGCAGCAGCAUACGGAGAAUCAAACGGGAAACAUUGUCCUCGGUGGACAUGACAGCGAAAUUUGCAAACAACAUCGCACGACGGUUUGAACAGAUCCCAGCGAUGACAACUGAUGUUGAAACCGAGUGUCAGCUGUUUAAGAGAGGCCUACUCGAGGCUGCCGCCGAAUGCUGCGGAUAUAAACAGGUUGGCCUGCCGCCUGGAGGUCAGGAAAGAACUUCCUGA